AUGCCUACUGCUGCUGCGCAGUCGCACUCGCAUUGGAUUGACGCGGAAACCGUUUCCGCGGUGCCUUCGCAAUCCUCCGGCGUCGACGCUGCUUCGACUCCGGCAGAGGAAUUCGGGGCGGCACGAGCGGACGCGGAAAACGCGGAUAUUGGGAUCCACGCGCCCGAGGCAAAGGAGGCCGAGGAAGCCGAGGGAGAGAGAGGAGUGAGCGGAGGAGAAAGAGACCCUCACGACGCGGGAAACGCGGGCGACGCGGACGACGCGGGAGACAAGGAAGAUUCCAGAGACGGAGUGGAGGAGCGGGAGUGGAUGAAUGGGACGAGUGUCGAAAUCGAAGGAGGGCGAUUGGGGGAUGCGGGCGGCCGUGAUGUUGACGCGGACGAGGAGCAUGCUGACGUGGACAGCGAAGGCGCCCAAUCGGACCACGAAGAAGGCGCGGCGGAGGGGCAGGUGGAAGAGGUAGAGGCGGAGGGUGAAAAGCAGAUGGACGAGGAGGGAGAGCAGGAAGGAGAAGAGAGAGGAGAGGGAGACGGGGAGGAGGCGGAUGAGGAAGGAGAGGAAGGAGAGGAAGGAGAGGAAGGAGAGGAAGGAGAGGAAGGAGAGGAAGGAGAGGAAGACUUGCUCGCCAUUCCUACGGACGACAUUGCGGGCCCCAUCGACUUGCUUGACCGCGUUGAUUGCGUUGACCCCGCUGACUCCGUGCGCCGCGACUCCGUUCACCACGUUGACCGCGUUGACCGCGUUGACUGCGUCGACCCGAUGGACGGCAUGGGAUGCCUCGACGGGUUGGAAACGCGCUGCCUCGCGGAUUUCGAGGACAUGCUGCCCGCAGGCGACGCGCUCGACAUGCUGGGCGACGAUUGCCUGUUGGCGCUGGGCGCGGGUCUCUUUGCGGACGACCUCUCUUCGCUGCUGCCCAUGCCGCCGCAUCACCCCUCUUGCCAUGCUAAGCCAUCCUCCUCCUCUGCCCCGGGCGCUUCCGCCCACUCCGCGCGCGCUCCCCCGCACGCUGCGGCUGUGGCGGGCAAGACGAGGCGCGCGCCUCACAGCAGCGCCGGCCUCCGGAGGAGCGCCAAGGGCGGGAGCUAUGGCAGUGACAGCGGCAACGGCAACGUCAAGAGAAGUGGCGGAUUUAUGGCGAUCUCUGUGGCUCGAAAAGAUUUGAUUUGCGAUCAAGAUGGGCAUUCCGGAAGCCCUAUCUCCACACUUGCUCCUCUGCACUCCUCCUACUCUCUCCCCUCCCCCUCGUCCCCCCGCUCCCCGCCCGCCUGCUCCCCUUCCGCCCGCUCCCCUACCGUCCGCCCUCCCUCCCCCUCCCCGCUUGACCGCCUCUUGCUCUCCCCCAUCCCCGGCAAACGGCCGAGAUCUCACCGCCCCAUCGCUCGUGGGCGAACCUGGACCGUUGAUCUGCUGAACGAUCUGCUCCAUCCGACGGAGGAGAUUUACGCGCCAGAGCACGAAUGCGACGAGCAUGUGUUGUUAGACCAGGCGCAGCAGCAGCAGCGGCAGCAGCGGCAGCAGUGGCGGCAGCAGCAGGAGCAGGAGGAGCACGAGGAGCAGGAAGAAGAGGAGGAGGAGGAGGAGGAGGGGCAGGAGUGGGAGCAGCAGGAGCACUCGCGGGUUCGAGCUUAUAACGGGUAUUUCCGCGCGAGCAAGCAGCACGGCGCGUCCGCGCAGAGUGGAAGGAACAGGAAGCACAAAAAGGCGCAGUCGGAGCAGAGGGGGGGCAGGCAGAAGGGCAAGGGGCGGCCGCCUUACACGGGGAGACCCAGAGGUCGCCCUUCUAAAGCCGCCAUUGCUGCCCGAUUGGCUGCUGCUGCUGUCGCUGCAGCAGCAGCAGAGGCGGAAGCAGCGUCGGCAGCUGCAGGAGCUAAGGCUGCUGCUGGUGGUGCUGGUUUUGCUGCUAGUUAUAUUGUGCCUAUCCUCUCGUCCCCCCUGCAAAGAAACUCCCCUGCUGCUGCUGCCGCUGCUGGUGGUGCUGCUGGUGGCGCUGCUGCCGAAGCGUCUGGAAGGCUGAAUGCGACAAAACGCCACAAGCCGUCCCCUCUCUCGCGGCUGUCAGUCUCAAGCUCAGACCGGAGCGCCAGCACCGUUUCCUAUGGCCCGGAUUUCUGUUCCGGGCAGGUGGAAUCUGUUUUUCAGCUGCCCGAAAGCGCGGUCGCGGCGGCCAAUGGCGUUGUGAAAACGGCAGCGGGCAGAGAUUUGGGAGCAGAUGGGGUACCGUGUGGUUCCCUGUCGUCAGCUCUGCCGAGUCUCUCUGGGGCUUCGUCAUUGGCUGGCGAAAUUGGUAACCUGGCGGCAGAACUGAAGUCGUCAGCUGACGGUACUUCCUCUGCUGCUGCUGGUGGUGCUGCUGCUACUGCUUCUGCUGAUGCUGGCGCCCCUGCCGGCGCUGCUGCUGCUGCUGCGGCUGCUGCUGCUGGCGAUUCUUCUGCUGCAGCAGCAGCAGGGGCGGCGAGCGCUGGUGGUGGUGCUGCUGCUGGUGUUGUGCGGCGCUGCCUGCACUGCUCCGUGACCAAAACCCCGCAGUGGCGAGCCGGGCCGUAUGGGCCUAAAACCCUGUGCAACGCGUGCGGAGUGCGGUACAAGUCCGGGCGGCUGUGCGCGGAGUACCGCCCCGCGAAUUCCCCUGAAUACGUGGCGGAAAAGCACUCGAACUCCCACCGUCGGAUCGUGGAGAUGCGGCGGUCUGUGAUCGCCACGUGGCAGCAGCUGCGGCGGGUUGGGGACGGGGGCGAGGAGGAGGGGGAGGAGGGGGAGGGCGUGGGAGGGGGAGUGGGAGGGGAGGGGACGGUGUGGGAGGAGGAGAGGAUGAAAGGGAGGGUGAGAGAGGUGAAAGUAGAAAGGGGAGAAGCUAGUGGGGGGGUGAGUGAAGGGGGAGAGGGGAGUGAGGGGGGUGAUGGGGUUUUGACUGGGGAAGGGAGUGAGGGGGGGUUGGGAGGGUUUAAGGGGACGGAGGGAGGGUUGUUGUCUCCGUUCUUUGAGUAUCGAUGCCAGUAUAAGAAGGGAGGAGGGAGGAGGAGAAAGCGAGUGGUGGAGGAGGAGGAAGAGGAGGAGGAGGGGAGGAGGGAGUGGGAGGAGGAAGGGGAGGAUGAUGAGGAGGACAGGGAGGAGGAAGAGAUGGAGGAAGAGUGGGAGGAGCGAGAGGAGUGGAAAGGGGGGAGGGAAGGGAGGGAGAGGGAGGGGAAGGGACCGAAGCGGAUGCAGAGGCUCGGCAAGGGCCAGGGGCGAGAGCAGAGGUUCGGGGGAGGUAGGGGCGGGAGGCGUAGGCUGGGGCAGGCGGGGGAGCAGAGCGCGGGGCAGAAGGGGGUAGAGAGGGAGGGGAAUGGGGAGGGGGAAGGGCGGGGGAACGGGCAGGAGCAACUGGGGUCGGUUUCAUCUGCUUCUGGAAAGGGACGGAAAUUUACUGGUCCGAACCAGGGAGGUUCGGACCAGGCAAGAACCGCAAAUGCUGUUGAGAGAGGAGGAGAAGGUGAAGGGGAGUGGGCGGGGGAGGGGGACGCGGAAAAAGCGGAGAGGGAGGGCGGGCGGAAGGGGAAUGCAAGGAGGUUGGGGAAGCGACUGGAAAGGGGGGAAGGGAUGCAGGGGGAGAAGGGGGGAUGGAUGAUUGGGGAGCAAAGAGAAGGGGAAGGUGCGGUGGGGAAAGGCAAGGAGGGGAAGGGCAAAGAGGAAGGCGGCAAGGGGGGGAAGGGCAAGGAAAGUGGCAAAGAGGGAGAGAGAGAGAGUAGGGGCUGGAAAAAGAGACGCGUUAUUGAGGGACCCGAUUGUAGUGAGAGUAUGAUUGGUCCUGUCGGUCAUUCAGGAAAGAAAAGCAGGCUCGCCGAUGUGACUAUGAUGGAUGUGCCUGUAAAGGAGGUGGCUCUGUUUGCGACGGGUAAGGGUGGGCGGCUGAGAGUGAGGAGGGAUGUGAGGAGGGGAGAGGUGGACGGUCCUUUGGUGGUGCAGGUGGUAAGCUCCGUCAUCCCUUCCAGUAAGAAGAGUGCAAAGAGGGGAUGGGAGAGCAAGGGCAGUGUGAGCAAGAGAGGGGUGUGCAGGGGAGCAGGUAGCAAGGGGGGAGAAGGGGAGGUGCAGAGGCUGGGAGUUGGUGGGAAGUGCAAGGCAGGAGGAGGUAGGGGAAGCGGGAAGAACACAAGACACGAGGAUAUUCCCGCUGCUGCUCCUGCUUCUGCUGCAGCUGGUGGUGGUGGUGCUGCUGCUUCUGCUGCGGCUUCCUCCGGCGCAAGCCUGGGCGGAGGAGUGAAGGUGCGGUUCUCGCUGAGGAAAGUGCCCGGACAUGGAGUGGGGAGCAGGGGUAAACCCAUGGCUGCUGCCACAGUCAAGCCUAUUAGCUGCGCUACAGGCAAGCCGGCAAGUGGGGCUGCAGGUAACACUUCCAGUGGACUUGUGAAGUGUGAGCAUUUGAGGGGGAGACUGGCAGGGCAUGAGAUAGAGCAGGGCUCACUGCAGCAGAAGGAGGAGGAGCAGCAGCAGCAGCAGCAGGUGCUUUCGCCUGGCAAGAACUCGGCUGUGAAUGUACCUGUUGUUUCACCUGAGCUGACACCUGAAGCCAAGCUGUCCUCUCCAGUCCCUGUCACCCCUGUUGUGGUGGCAGCAGUUGUUGCUGCCACUGUCAAGAGAGGUGGUGUGGCAAUCCCAGCAGCACCCACAGCUUCAACCCCAGGAGCAAUCCCAGCAGCAGCCCCAACUACAGCAGAGCACUCGGCACUGUGCCCUGUUUACUCCGGUGCGCUAACAUCCGAGUCCAUCCUCCUCCCCACUGACCCUGCUUCACUACAAGCUGCUUCGUUAGAAGCUGCACCGCUGCCGCUACUGCGGCCGAGCUGCGGCGAAGCAGACUGCCUGCUGCUGGUGAGCUCGUGCGCAGCACACGGUGCUGAAUCCAUUCUCCUGCCGCCCCUCCUCACCCCAGGAGCAAUAGCCCUCAACGCAGGGAGCACCGACCCUCUCACAAGCAGCUUCGUAUCAGGGAGGGUGGAGCUCCCACAAAACCCUGAAAGGUUUGAGCUCCCCAACAAUCCCAAAGGGUUAGAGCCGGAGAUGGAUGUAGUGCGAUUGGAGUGUGAGCUGCUGCGGGUGCAUGUGGGGUUUGAGGCUCAUGGGGAGAGUGCAGUGGAGAGCAGCGUUGUUCCUCCCAAUGCCAAGCCACCAGUGGCACGGGCUUGCGGGGCAACGGCAGCAGGAGGGGUGGCAGCAGCAGGAGGGACUGCGAUUGCGAGCGGAGUGGUUGACAGCAUGGCAGACAGGAGGGGAACGGAUUCCGAGACUGUCCUUUCGGACCUCAAGCCUGUUGCUGCUGCUCCCGCUCCUACUGCUGCUGUUCCUGCUGCUGCGCCUCCUCUUUCUACCGGUGGUACUGGUGGUGCUGCUGGUGCUGGUAAUGGUGCUGCUGCGGCGGCAGCGGCUGCGUCAGUGCAGUCUAGUCUUGGUGGAGGGGGCUGCUCUAAUGGCAUCUCGUCCACGUCCAAUUUUGUUGCAGCGUCUGCUUAG